UUCUAAAGCAGAUUUCUUUAUUAAAUGAUCAGUGUUACUAUUACAAGAUUUUUGAAAUAACAAUUUGAAAUUAUAUGUUGAUAAUAACAACUUUUGCCGCAUCAUACUAAUUCUUUCUUACUUAUCGUUUGUUUUUGUCAGAAAUAUAGAAUUUACAUAUUGAAAAGUUAAUUUACGGUUAGGUUAUUGAACAUGUUUUGAAAAUAAUUUAACAUUCCGGAGUUGAUUUAUUUUUAAUAAAUAUUUUAUAUUUCACGGUAUUACUUAAGAAUUGUUAUUAAGUUUUCAUUUUUAUAAUUUAGUUACGGCUGCGUAUUAUCAGCAUCUUGUACGCAAAAUUGUACCAGCUGUGAUAAAAAAUAUUGCGAUACAUAACAAAUAUACAAAACAUAGAUUCUGUAUUUUUUUAAAAUUUCCUUAUACGUAAAAGUGUUUUAUACAUUGUACGGAUUAUGUAGAUAUAUUGAACUUUAUUAUAACAAAAAUAUUAUAACAUUACAUUUUGAUAUGUUGAUUAAGAUAGCAUUAGUACUUUGUAAGUAUCUUCUCUUCUAUGUUUUUCUUACGUCAUUUUCUAGUAUCUGACAACAAAAUUCUAUUUUUAUGAAUAAUUAUGUACAUUAAGGAAAUGUGUUAAUGCCAUUUCAUAACAAUAGUAUUUUACUGUCACAAAAAUACGUUUUAAAAAAUUAUUUAACUGUAAAUUUUUAAUGGUUUCAUAUGAAACCAAAAAAAUGUAAAAACAUGUAUCGAUCGGAGGUUUAUCUAGCAAUCUUUUACGUAUACAAUUAUUAAAGUUUGAAGCAGAAUGAUUGUAUGCCCAACAUAUUGAAAGUGUUGUUCAUAAAAGACACAGUUCCUCUAAUCUCAAGAAUAUAGAGUUAAUAUCUAUUACUAUUCACAAGAAAAUUUGAGAUAUGGCUCAGACAGCUUCCUUAGUGUCACGCAUAGUGGCAUCCUCUAUAUGUGCUACUGUGAGAGCAGGUAAAAUUAUAAGAGACGUUAUGAGUCAUGGAGGUUUAAAUAUAAUAGAAAAGGGCAAGAAUGAUUUACAAACUGAAGCUGACCGUUGUGCUCAAAGGUGUAUUAUUGCUUCAUUAAGUUUUCAAUUUCCAAACAUUACUAUUAUUGGUGAAGAAGAAUCAACAAAUUAUGAUGUCCCAUCUGAUUGGAUUGUGACAGAGGCAGAGCAAGAAGUAUUACAAUUAAAAUUACCAGCACACCUGGAAAAUGUUGAUCCUAAAGAUAUAUGUGUUUGGGUAGAUCCAUUGGAUGGAACAUCUGAAUAUACACAAGGACUUGUAGAACAUGUUACAGUUUUAAUAGGAGUAGCAAUCGGAGAAAGAGCAAUUGGAGGUGUAAUACAUCAACCAUAUUAUAAAAGUACUAAUAGUGAUGUAUUGGGGCGAACAAUUUGGGGUAUUAAUGGUGUAGGUUUUGGGGGAUUCUUACCAAUUGCAGUCCCAGAUGGAAAAAGAAUAAUUACUACUACGCGUUCACAUUCAGAUAGUAACGUUCAAGCAGCUAUAAAUGCUUUAUGUCCCGAUGAAGUGUUACGUGUUGGUGGCGCAGGAUAUAAGGUAAUACUUUUGUUGGAAGGAAAAGCUCAUGCUUAUGUAUUUGCUAGUAAAGGCUGCAAAAGGUGGGAUACUUGUGCACCUGAGGCUGUUCUUUGUGCUGUUGGUGGUACUCUAACUGACUUUUAUGGAGAAUUUUAUUCAUAUAAUGCAACAACAUCAUUUCCAAAUGCAAGGGGUAUAUUAGCUACUGCUCCUGGUGAAACGCAUCAGUGGUAUUUAAAUCAAAUACCAGACGAAGUAAAACAAAAAUUGAAACAAUAACGCAUAUUAUCUGUUUCCCUGUGUAAAAAAUUUAGUCUGUACAUUUAUGCAUUUGUAUGCAAUACAAAGUACUUUAAAUAUAGGAAUAGAGUAAGAAACUUUUGGUAUUACAUUUUAAGGCAUUUGAAGGUCUGUAUUAUUAAAAAAAAUUAAAUAGUGUUGGUUAAUGGUUUCAAAUAAAUAUAAAAAUAAAACAAUUGUAGAGUUAAAACUUAUAAUGUUUCUUCUUAGUAUCAGAACUCUACAAUUUUGAUUUGAACGUAUCGCGCAAAACUCGAUGCAGUAUUUUCCCUGAUGCAGUUUUGGGAAUACUGUCCACGAAUUUGACACCACCUCGAAGUCGUUUGUGACUUGAUACACGUUCUGUAACAGUUUUCGUUGGUAAAGAAUA